AUGCCCGUGCCUGUCAGCGCAACCAAGAGCGUAGACGGCUUCGAGCUGCCUGCGCAGUUCGCAGAGGCGUCCAAGCUCGUCUUCACCGUCAACAAUACGCGCUUCCAGCUCUCGCCGGCCAGGGGCGACGACCUCGACCUCACGCUUCUCGAGUUCAUCCGCAGCAAGGGAUUCACCGGCACCAAGCUCGGCUGCGGCGAGGGCGGGUGUGGCGCAUGCACUGUCGUCGUGGGCAAGUAUGAUUCCGCCCACGCAUCUGGUGCCUCCUCCUCUUCCUCAGCGUCCAAGGCUCCGUACAGGUACAAGUCGGUCAAUGCAUGUCUGCUGCCGCUCGUCGCAGUGCACGGCUGCCAUGUGCUCACCGUCGAGGGCAUCGGCUCGUCGUCCAAUCCCCACCCGAUCCAGGAGCGAAUCGGAAAGCUCUUCGGAUCGCAGUGCGGCUUCUGCACCCCCGGUAUCGUCAUGUCGCUCUACGCCACAGUCAGGAACGGCUACGGUCACCUGACCGAGGCCGACAUCGAACACUCGCUGGACGGCUGCCUCUGCCGAUGCACUGGCUAUCGCCCUAUUCUGGACGCAGCCAAGUCGUUUGCGACCGUGAAGAGCGACAAGAACGGCGCAUCUGCGUCCAAUGACACUAGCGACGAGUCGGACGAGGCAGAACCGUCCACUCCACCCGAGGCUGACCUCAUCACCCGCACCCCAUGUGCAAAGGGUGACGACUGCUGCAUGGUCAAUGGAUCCAAGAAGGGAUGUGCGCCGUCCUCAACGCCAUCGCCCGGCAUCUCGACCACGGCCCAAGCCAUCCAAAAGGUGCUCGACCCCAACCAGUUCAAGCCGUAUGACGCUGCUGCCGAGCUCAUCUUCCCGCCAUACCUUGCAAAGGACGCCUUCGAUGCGCAGGAUUUGGUCUUUGUCGAGCAGCUCCCCGAGUCGGACGAGCUCGAUGGCGAGCCUCAGCAGACCAAGGCAGACUCGUCAGCGCGACAGGUCUGGCUGCGGCCCGGCUCGCUCAAGUCGCUCGUCGAAUGCAUGAAGCUCUACGGCCUCGACGCCGGCGGCAAGAUCCGAAGUGGCAACACGGAGACCGGAAUCGAAGUCAAGUUCAAGCACCUCAAGUACUCGGUCUCCAUCUUUGUCUCGGACCACAUCAAGGACCUCGCCUUCUACCGCUCCGAAGAACGCGGAAUCACCGUCGGCGCCAACCUCAGUCUCACAGACCUGGUCAACAAUCUGCGCGCCGAGCGGCCCGCGGGCGCCUACGCCAAGCAGGUCAAGCGCGCCAUCCUCGACAACCUCGCCUACUUUGCCUCGAACCAGAUCAGGAACGUCGCCACCCUGGCCGGCAACAUUGCCACCGCCUCGCCCAUCUCGGAUCUCAACCCCGUCUGGGUUGCCACCGGCGCGGAGCUGUCGUACAUUGAUGCAGCCGCCGGCGACGUCAACGAGAAGAGCGUCAACAUGCGCGACUUCUUCCUCGGAUACCGCAAGACCGCCCUGCCCGCCGGCGCCGUCAUCACCAAGCUCUUUGUGCCCUGGUCCGCCGAGGCCGGCAGCGUGGUGCAGGCGUUCAAGCAGUCCAAGCGCAAGGACGAUGACAUUGCCAUCGUCAAUGCCUGUCUCCGCCUCUCGGUGCGCGAUGACAAGAUCCUCGAUGCCACGCUCGCCUUUGGCGGCAUGGGCCCCACGACCAUGCAGAGUGUCAAGGCGCAGUCGUUCUUGGCCGGAAGGCAAUUCAGCGCGCCAGACACGCUGUCGCAGGCGCUGCAGAUCUUGGCCACAGACGACUUCCCGCUCUCCUUCGGCGUCCCCGGUGGCAUGCCCGUCUUUCGCAAGACGCUUGCCCUUGGAUUCCUCACGCGUCUCUGGGGUUUGGCUGCACCCAGGCUUGGGCUGCCCAAGCUCGCCGCCGCCAUCGAGGCGCUGCCCGAUCUGGAGGAGCUUGCUACGAGCACCGUCGACAGGCCUGUGACCAAGGGUCUGCAGGACCUUGAGAACGUCGCCAUCAAGCAGCCCGUCGGCGACUCGAUCCCGCAUCUGUCGGCCAUGAAGCAGGUUACGGGCGAGGCGGUGUACAUCGACGACAUGCCGCCGGUAGCCAACGAGCUGCACGCCGGCUUUGUGCUCUCGCAGCGCGCGCACGCCAAGCUGCUCAAGGUCGAUGCCACCGAGGCAUUGCGCAUGCCCGGCGUGGUCGACUUUAUCACCUACAAGGACAUCCCCGCUGGCGGCAGUAACAUUUGGAACCCGCCCUCGAUGGACGAGACCUUCUUCGCCGAGGACACCGUGUACACUGUCGGCCAGAUCAUCGGCCUCAUCGUCGCCGAUACCAAGCGCCAUGCUCAGGCGGCAGCGCAAAAGGUGCACAUCGAGUACGAGGAUCUGCCUCACAUCCUCACCAUCGACGAGGCGAUCGAGGCGCAGAGCUUCUUCAAGCCUCGUCCCGUCAUCCAUCGCGGCGACAAGUCGGACGAGGGAUGGAGCCAGUACGACCACGUGCUCGAGGGCGAGACGCGUAUGGGCGGACAGGAGCACUUUUACCUCGAGACCAACGCGUGCCUCGUGAUUCCAGGCAAGGAGGACUCCGAAAUUGAGGUCAUCUCGUCCACGCAGAACCCGUCCGAGACGCAAGUCUUCUGUGCGUCGAUCCUGGGCAUUCCGAACAACCGCGUCGUGACGCGCGUCAAGCGUCUCGGCGGUGGCUUUGGUGGCAAGGAGUCGCGCACGAUCGCAUUUGCGGCGCCGCUUACGCUCGCGGCCAAGAAGCUCGGCAGGCCCGUCAGGGUGAUGCUCGACCGCGACGAGGACAUGCUCACCACCGGGCAGCGACAUCCGUUCAUGUGCAAGUGGAAGCUCGCUUUCAGCAAGGAUGGAACGCUCGAGCGCCUGCAUGCGCGCGUCUACAACAAUGGCGGAUGGAGCCAGGAUCUGUCGCAGGCAGUGCUGGAGCGCGCCAUGUUCCACAUCGACAACUGCUACCGCAUCCCGCACCUGCACGUCGAGGGCUACAUCUGCAAGACCAACACCAUGUCCAACACCGCCUUCCGCGGCUUUGGUGGUCCGCAGGGCAUGUUCUUCACCGAAGACUUUGUCCACAAGGCGGCGGCGGUGCUCGGCGUGCGGCCCGAGGCGAUUCGCGAGAAGAACAUGUACCGCGAGGACGACGAGACCCACUUUGGCCAGAAGCUCGUCGACUGGAACGUACCUACGUUGUGGCAGCAGCUCAAGGGGUCUGCCGACUACGACGCCAGGCUCAAGGCGGUGGAGAGGUUCAACGCCGAGCACAGGUACCGCAAGCGCGGUCUGGCGAUGAUCCCGACCAAGUUUGGCAUCUCGUUCACCGCCAUCUUCCUCAACCAGGCUUAUGGUGUUGUGCAUGUGUACCAUCAUGAUGGCAGCGUGCUGUUCUCGCACGGCGGUACCGAGAUGGGUCAGGGUCUGCACACCAAGAUGGCGCAGGUGGUGGCGACCGAGCUGGGCAUUCCGGUGUCGAUGGUGCAUCUGAGCGAGACCAACACGUCGCAGGCGUCCAAUACGUCGGCGACUGCCGCCUCGGCCUCGUCGGAUCUGAACGGUAUGGCGCUCAAGAAUGCGUGCGACCAGAUCAAUGCGUCGCUCGCCAAGUUCCGCGUCGAGGUGGCUGCCAAGGGGCUGAGUGGGGUCGAGGCGUGGAAGGAUGUGGUGCACAUGGCGUACUUUAACCGCGUGCAGUUGUCGGCGAUUGGACACUACCGCACGCCGGGUAUCGGGUACAAUUGGUCGGACGGGACGGGGACGCCGUUCUACUACUUUACCCAGGGUGCGGCGGUGUCCGAGGUGGAGCUGGAUACGAUUACGGGCGACCACCGGAUCGUGCGUGCGGAUGUGCACAUGGAUAUCGGGCGUUCGAUCAAUCCGUCGAUCGAUGUGGGUCAGAUCGAGGGCGCCUUUACGCAGGGCUUUGGACUGUUUACGCUCGAGGAGACGCUGUUUAUGAACAACGGUCAGCUUGCCACGCGGGGCCCAGGGAACUACAAGAUCCCCGCGUUCCUGGAUACGCCUAGCGAUAUGAGGAUCUCGUUCCUGAAGGUGCAGGAUCCGAGCAAUCCGGCAGUGGCGAGGCACAACAAGCACCUGGGCACGAUCCAGUCGAGCAAAGGCAUCGGCGAGCCACCGCUGUUCCUGGGCGCAUCCGUGUUCUUUGCGCUCAAACAUGCCAUUGCCGAUGCGAGGAGGCAGUACGUGGGCGAUGAAGCGGAGAGGUUCCAUCUCGUGGCACCGGCUACGCCAGAGAGGAUCAGAGUCGCCAUUGGCGAUCCACUCGUCAGGUUGGCACAGGAAAGCACGCCGCGCAGGGAGGGCGAGAAGAGCUUUUUCGUCGCCAUCUCGUAG